AUGAGAAAUUCAACAUGUCUUCUUCAGCCAUCAUUAGCUACUACUGUAGCCCUGCCAGUCAUCUACUCUUUCUUAUUUCCUGCUGGAAGUUUCGGAAAUAUUCUCACUGCCUGGAUAUUUUCAAGGCAAGUGCCCACCAAAAGAACGCAGUACAUUUACUCAGCAAAUCUUGUUGCUGCAAAUCUACUUGUGUGCAGCACAAUGCCUUUUCUGGCUGCCUAUUUUGCAAGAGGGUACCAAUGGACUUACGACUCUGGAGCAUGCAGAAUAGCAAAUCACCUUGGGACUCUCAUUAUACAUGUCAGCAUGUAUGCUACAAUUAUAAUUUUAUGUUCAACUGCUCUAAGUCAGUAUGCAACACUGAGGAAAAACAGCGACACACAAUACUCUCAAGCAGCUAAUGAAACCUUUUACAGAUGCGUACUUGAAAAGUUUUGUCAGUCAAAAUUUGCUAAAUAUUUCUGCAUCAUCAUAUGGCUUACUGUGUUCUGCAUAACGGUAUUAGCUAUAGCAUAUAAUGUCCAGGUAGAGUCUACAGAAGAAUUUCAGAGAUGCUACAGUGUCAGAGUAGAAAUUGGUGACUUUAGCACAAUGAUUGCAGCUUGUUUUGCCACUGCAUGUUUUUUUGUAUCCUUUAUAACAGUUUUGUUGGCAUACUAUUCUCUUACCAGGCAUCUGAGUAAAAUACAAAAAAAUACCUGCAUUGAAAAAAGACAUCUAAUUUACAGCACAGUGAAAAGAAACAUUCUUGUCAUCCAGAUGAUAUUAACGAUCUGCUUUCUUCCAUAUCAUAUUUUUAGGCCAAUUUUUUAUGUACUGCGUACAAGUAACGACUGCCCACAGUUAAACUACCUAGUGGAGAUUAAAAAUUUCCUUACUUGUCUUGCUGCUGCUAAGAGUAGUUUAGAUCCUGUUAUAAAUGUUUUAUCUCACAGACGGGUUAAGAAAAGUCUGUAUGGCCUGUUUACAAAAUCUACACCAGAACAUGACAAACGUAAAGCUGAUAUUUUCACUCAAGAGACUCUUGAAAUGUGA